AUGAAGCCCAGUACAUCAGAAAGAAGCGUAGAACUAGCUCGACACGAACCGUCGUCUUCCACUAGUUCUGCAGAGAAUAAAAGAAAUCGUUUGUAUGCUCCCCUUUCGGCACUGUCAUCACGUCUUCAUAUUAACCAGCCGGAGCAGUUCCGAAACACUCACAGUGAAGAGGAAACUGGAACUAGUACAGUUCAACCAUCCACAAGUAGAAAUGAUAUGCAAAUGUUACCGAAACCGAAAGAAACGGCGAGUCACAGUCUUACUUUUCUCUUCCUCCCUGAAAGGGAAGUAGUUUUUUGCAACGGUGGCCCUUCAUCGGCAUCUCCAGCACGAAAGCCAAUAACAAUGAAGAAUCUCGAUCAACGUGUUGUGCCUUCCUCAUCCAGUGGUUUUCCCAGGAAAGGUUCGCGACAUUGUGAUUCGGAGAGAUUUCCAGGAAGUCGCGUACAGUUGAUACAACUUCGCGGAAAAAGGCCUGCGUCUACCAAAGAUGAUUCUGAUAUGUCUCCUCCAUCAGAACCACAUGUACACAAGUCCGAAACCCUGACUGUAAUUAUACCACAGAGGAGAGCCGCUCUGUCAAGGCAAGAACCGAAACCUCAGUCCACAAAGGUACCAGAUUCUUCACCUGCUGUCGAGAAAAAGCUAGCUGACGUACAAAUGAAACAGCCAGCGGCUUCUUCGCCCGAUGUGGAAAAGUCAUCCCCUUUGCCGACAACAUUGCCUGCAGAUGAGCAGUCUGUGGCUGAAAAACCCUCUAAUGGUCAUUCAAUGAACAAAGACGACCUGCUGCCAGUGAGCGAUGAGGAAUCUGGUGACGAGUUGGAUGACGGGGAUCUGAUCGAUCCCCCGGUUAUUAAAUCUACAGUUACUGAGGGAAACUUCAUACCAUAUUCUUUGGAUACUCAUGCGUUUUCGAAUCAACAUCACUGCCCGCGAUUACUUAUUCAUGAGCAGAAGUUCUCAUCUGCAGAACAAUUUUAUAUGUGGACGAAAGCCAGGUUUUUCAAAGAUUUUAAUGCGGCAAACGCCAUUUUAUAUCUGAAAGAUCCGAAGAUGAUCAAGCAAGUGGACAGUCAACUAAAAAACGUCGAUGUGAAUCAGUGGAUGAAAUUUUCAUGGAAAGUGAGAAUGAAGGCAGCUAUGGCUAAGUUUAAACAAAAUCGGAGGAUGCGGUAUCAACUUUUUCGGACGAUUGGAUCGACCUUAGUGGAAGCCAACGUUGAUGACACGUACUGGGGAGUAGGACUUUCUUCAGAUGAUCCAAACAUCGCUGAUCCAUCAAAAUGGAGAGGUGCCAAUGUGAUGGGUGAAGUGCUCAUGCAAAUUCGUGAUGUUUUAAAAGAAGAUCCUGAUUACUCUGACGAGGUGGAACAAGCCAAGCAGAACCUUUUUGGGAGUAAGUGA